AUCUACACAACUUCACUUCUCCGCUCCACCAUUUCCCCCUCUCAAAUCCUGGUUCUGCGCCCGGCAACCACUCUCUUGAAUUUUUCUUUUCGCACACCAGCAUGAGGCCCAGCUAGCCCAACUUUUGGCUCGCAGACGGAUAUGGAAGCGUCUCACCCACCUUCAGAGGGUAUUAUGCUACCCCCCAGCCCUGUGGAUUCAGCAGAUUCGGUUGACUCGACGUCGUCCGGGUCUCCCGUCGAGCAUACCAGGGAGCCAGACCGCAGUGAUAACGUCACGAUCACUCUAUCGCUCACUCCCGAUUCGCCUGUCCAGACUCCGAGUCGUGUCUCUUUCACCCGCUCACACAUCCGUUCACGAUCGAUGAUCGAGGUUCCAGGCGUUCCCCCUAUGACGCGCGCCCACUCUUCCCCCGGGCUGGACUCGCGGGGCAGAUAUAUUUUCGUCAACGGUCGCGGGGGUCUUGCCAACGCUGGCGACAAUUCUGCGAGGCGUUAUCUGCCGCUGCAGGUGAACACGGGGGAACCGUCCGACUCGAGAAUGGUACCCCUGAAUGUCUCCCAGACGAUCUCCGAGAACGCAGAAUUAGAUACCAGGAUGGCUUCGUCACCUUCCAAGGUUGAUUAUCACCCUGCAUCGCCUGUACUCCCGCAUACACUUCCUCGCGUCAAUCGUCGACGUCCCUCAUCUCCCUUACAUUUUCACCCGCCAUCGUCGCCUGGCUCGAUCAUGGGCAGCCCAUCCCCGGCGCACUCCUCCCCCGCCGUAUUCAGCUCGCGAUUCAACGAGACAUUCCCAGGCUACUCUGCUUCCUCUACUUCAUCCGUCCCCUCCACCCCGACAAGUCUCCGAUCUCGCAGCCCCAGUAUCUCCUCGCUGGAAACCAUUCCAGAUAUCCCCGAUGCAGAAGCCGCAGCUAUCGAGGCGGACAGAAUCGCAGCAUUGAAAGCUGCUGCCGAUAAAGCCGAUGAGGCGGAGGAAGCCACUAGUACCAGUCGACGACGUGGAACCUCAGAUGCCUCGGGUCCCUCAAGCCCUUUCAUGAGCAUGCGUGUUGCUUCUGGUGGAUACGGGCCGCGGGCGGAUAAGCGCAAACGGUGGAGUGUUUGUGGAGCGGAACGUCGUCAAGACUUGGAUUUGGAAACUAUCUGGGAAGAUUGAGAGGCAGGCUGAACCUGACUUUGGACUUUUUCCCCAGAAGUCAUGAUCUCCCUCAAACAGAUCAAACAGAGAAGGGCUCUCCCUCAGACCUGAAAUCCACCAAUCACCAAGUACAAAGCCUAGCCGACCCUCUCGAGCACAACUCUCUCUCGUCCUUUCUUUGAAUUCGGCGCUCAAUC